GUUUUUGAUCAUCAACCGUUGGCGGCUGAUGACGUCACAGCUCGCGCGUUUUCCCCUCACUCAGUUUCAGCGUCGAGUCUUCUGAGGAGAGUCGAGCAGUUCAGGAUCAGCUUCUCCAACACUGAAUGACCCAGAAUGAAACGCACUGAAGAAGAAAGAGACCUAAUGGAAGAGAAAAAGAAGAGUGAAGUGGAGGAAGAACACGUCAAACCUGAAGAAAAACGUAGUCGCUCAAAGACUAAAAAGCCGUUCACAUGUGAUCAGUGUGGGAAGAGCUUCAAACGAUCAGGACACCUUAUAGUACACAUGAGGAUCCACACCGGAGAGAAGCCAUUCACAUGUGAUCAGUGUGGGAAGAGCUUCAUAAAUUCAUCACACCUUAAGAGCCACAUGAAGAUCCACACCGGAGUGAGACCGUUCACAUGUGAUCAGUGCAGCAGAACAUUUUGUAGGUCAUCACACCUGAAGAAACACCUGACAGUUCAUAAGAAGGAGAAGCCACAUUCAUGUUCUGUGUGUGGAAAGAGUUUUUCACUGCUGUCAUAUUUACAUACACAUCAGAAAAUUCAUGCUACUGUGAAAGAGUACAUGUGCUUUGAGUGUAAGAAGAUGUUUACUGCAGGGAGGGAUUUAAAACGGCACCAGAGAAUUCACACUGGAGAAAAACCUUACAUGUGUUCAUACUGUGACAAGAGAUUCAGUGUGUUAGGAAAUAUGAUAAGACAUGAGAGGAUCCACACUGGAGAAAAACCUUACAAGUGUUCACACUGUGACAAAAGAUUCAGUCAGUCAUCAUCUCUGAAAAAACAUGAGAGGAUCCACAGCAGAGAGAAGCCGUACACGUGUGAUCAGUGUGGAAAGAGUUUCUCUAUUAAAAGUCACCUGAAGUCACACAUGAAGAUCCAUGCAGUGGAGAAACCACAUCACUACAGUCUGAGAUCACGAUCUGAUGGAUGUGAAGAAGAAAGGAAAACCAGAAGCCAAAAAAUAUGAUGAAGAGGCCAGAACACUUUUAUUUAAUGUUUGUAUUUAAUAAUUGAUUAAACUCAUUACUGAUUUUGUCAACA